UUUUCUUUCUUUCUUUGUUUUUUUGCCCGAUUUUUAUUAAUCUUCUUGUGUAAUGGGAAAACCACUGUGGAGCUGAAAAGGACUGGUGGUUUUUUUUUUUUUUUUUUGAAAGAGAGAGAGAAUGUUUUGCAGAAAAUCUUGCAGCAAUGAGGAAACGGGAUCUGUGCCAGUGUACCUCAAUGUUUAUGAUCUGACACCCAUUAAUGGCUACGCCUACUGGCUUGGUCUCGGAGUUUACCAUUCUGGGGUACAAGUUCAUGGAAUUGAGUACGCAUUUGGAGCACAUGAGCAUUCGACGACUGGGAUCUUCGAAGGAGAGCCCAAACAGUGUGAUGGGUUCACAUUCAGAAAAACAAUUUUGAUUGGGAAAACGGAUAUGGGACCUGCACAAGUAAGAGCAGCCAUGGAAGAGCUUGCAGAGGAUUACAAAGGAAAUGCCUACAACUUGAUCACCAAAAACUGCAACCAUUUCUGCAAUGAGGCUUGCAUUAGAUUGACUGGAAAUCCAAUCCCAAGUUGGGUUAAUCGCCUUGCAAGACUCGGAUUCAUGUGCAACUGUGUUCUUCCUGUGACUUUAAACUCAACUAAAGUUCGACAUCAUAGGAUUGAAGACAAUAAUAACAAGCCUUUGGAAGGAGAGAAGAAGAAUCUGACAAGUAGUGAGUCAAAUGGUCUGCCUUGUUCAAACUCUUCCUCUUCAGCCUCUUCUUCUCCUUCUACCGCUACAACUCGCAGAGGUAGAAGCAGAACCAGGCGGCCUCUUCCGCCAUCUUCUCCUUUGAUUGUUGGCUCUUCAGCAUCUUAAAGCCAUGUUUUCCAUUUUUCCAAAAUGCUCAUAAAAAUGAAACACAAAAGCAAAAG